GUACGAUUUUCAACUUUUCAACAACUGUCUCAUCAUCGCUAUUACUGUUUUCACUAUGCACACCUGAUCUACAUUCAACAUUAAAUUACUCGACUCCAUUGAAAUUGCCUAAAGCAUAAUGAACUCGUUAUGUCUAUGUUUACUCUUCAGUUUUUAAGAGUUUGUGUUGUCCAGUUCUCCGCGUAUCUGGUGCUUACCUAGGUACAUAACAGGGCUGAAUCGCGUUGAAUCAAUCCUACCAGAGGGGUACCAUUCAAUCGGAUCAUGAACGUCCCUAUUGAUACGGGCGGCGGACCAUCUGCCAUGGAGGCUAAGCCCAAGGGGUCAGCAUCCCUCGCAGCUGUCAUUUCUGCCUUCGUCCCCACAUGGGUGACGGGACUUAUUUUCGUCGCGAUAUUCAUUGUUGUGCGGCGAUGGUAUCCCAAUAUCUAUGCGCCCCGGACAUUCAUUGGAAGUGUCUCGGAGAAAGACCGAACCCCUUCCGCGAGUCGAUCUUAUUUUAACUGGGUACAUACUAUGCGCAAGGUACCCGAUAAGUUCAUCUUACAUCACCAAUCACUAGAUGCUUAUCUCUACCUUCGCUUUCUACGAACAACUAUCUUCAUCUGUUUCGUUGGUUGCUGCCUCACAUGGCCCAUUCUAAUGCCCGUAAAUGCAACUGGUGGUGGAUCCUCCACGGAGCUUGAUAAGAUCGGAAUAGGGAACGUCAAGAGAAGAACCCAUCUCUAUGCCCACUCCAUAUUAGCUUGGGUAUUUUUCGGCUUCGUUAUGUUCACCGUCGCUCGUGAACGUCUCUGGCUUAUCGGACUACGUCAAGCUUGGAUUCUGUCGAAGCCUGUCGCAACUCGUCUUUCUUCGCGGACCGUAUUAUUCCUAUCCGCGCCAAGGGAUGCGCUUGACGAAGAGAACAUUCACCGUUUCUUCGGGGAUGGCGCUUCGCGUAUUUGGCCUGUCGCAAAAGCCGAAGGGCUAGAGAGUCUGGUGUCGAGCCGGGGGUCGAAAGUCGAACAACUCGAGAUUGCAGAAACGUCUCUCAUCCUAAAAGCUUAUAAAGAAGGAAGGCGACACGCGAAGAAAUCUAGAUCCGCCAAUGGAUUUCCUAGUUAUGACAAUCUUCCCGACUCGGUAAGAAAAUCCAUUAGGCCAAGACAUAAGCCAAUCGUGUCCCCUCUGAAUGAGAAGGUGGACAGUAUCGUCUGGUUACGCGACAAGAUUAAGGAAGAGGAAACAAAAAUUGAAGAUGCACGAAGAGCCUACGGCAUUGGCGAAACUAACGGCGCCGCAGCAGUAUUUGUCGAAUUUAAGACAUGUGCUGAAGCCCAACAAGCCUGUCAGCAAGUCGCCUCGAGUAACCUCCUAGCCCUUAGUCCUAGGUAUACCGGUGUAUCUCCACAGGAAGUUAUAUGGAAGAACCUCACCAUACCCCCCGCUCGUCGCAUCUCUGAAGAAGGAACCGCCCUAGCAAUUGUCAUCGCGACAAUCGUUUCCUGGUCCAUCCCCAGUGGAUUAAUAGGCCUAAUCUCUAACAUUAGUUAUCUUGCUGAGAACGUUGAAUGGUUGAAAUUUUUAAAUAACCUUCCGCGUCCAGUCAUUAGCCUUCUGUCCGGUUUAAUUCCGCCGUUGGCUACAAGUUGGUUGAGCAAAUUAGUCCCUACUAUAUUCCGAUACAUAUUCAAGUCAUCGGGUAGUCCUACCAAUACUGCCACAGAGUUAAAGGUUCAGAAGUGGUACUACGUUUUCCAAGUCACACAGGUCUUCCUCGUUACCGCGGUCUUUUCUGGAGCCGCAGCUGUGUCCCAAGAACUCAUGAGAAGAGUCAAGGACCCCACAUCUGUCCCAGAACUCUUAGCGAGACAGCUUCCUAAGGCUGCAAAUUUCUACCUAACUUAUUUCAUCGUUCAGGGGAUUACGUCAGCUGCAGACAAUCUACUGAAUUAUUCAGAUCUUCUAUCAUAUCUCUUUUACAAUUACUUCUUCGAUAAGACGCCGCGGCAAAAGUUCAAUCGAUUCACAAAUAUGAAAGGAAUCGCUUGGGGCAAACUAUUUCCAAAGUUUGCCAAUUUCGCUAUCAUCGCAAUCGCCUACUCUUGUAUCGCACCACUAGUCCUUGGCUUCGCCGCUAUUGGGCUAUCGCUCUACUAUUUCUCAUACCGCUACAAUCUUCUCUUCGUAAUAAAGCCUAAGAUAGAUACGAAGGGCCAAGCAUACACUCUUGCGCUCGAGCACCUUCUUACUGGGGUCUACAUCGCCGAGCUCGCGCUGCUUGGUAUCUUCAGCUUGAGAAAGGCUACCGGUCCAUCCAUCAUAAUCGCGAUUCUAUUCAUUAUAACGAUUCUCUAUAACGUGCUAAUGAAUAAAUACCUUUCGCCACUCGAGCAGUUUCUACCAGCCGACCUUGCCAGUCUCUCCGAAAGGGAUGACGAGUCCGAACCGUUGCUAGCUUCGGCGGAGGAAGGACAAGCGCAAACAUCAUCCCGGAUCCAACGCCUUGGCCAACAGGCGCAUGUGCCACAAACUGUUGCGCAGCGCAUUCUGGAACCAAUCGCUCGUUUCUUCGAACCCCAAGUCUUCGCAUCAUAUCAAGCUAUGAGGACAUGGCUACAGGAGGGUGACUCCUAUGAUGAUGAGGACGUUCCGGAGUACACCGAAGAGCAACUUCAGAAGGCGUACUUGAACCCGGCGCUUACAAGUCCGACUCCCUUAAUAUGGAUUGCGAAGGAUCCUAUGGGUGUUAGUAAGAACGAGAUCGCGGAGAACGAGCAGCGUGGAUUUAAGGCUAGCGAUCAGGGCGCAUGGAUAGACGAAAAGGGUGGGGUCAAGUGGAGUGUAAAUGAUUUCGGAGAGGUUCCGAUCUGGAAAAAGGGAGUAGUCUACUAAGUAUCUUAGUAUGAUAAACAGACUUCUAUAGACUUUAUACAUAGAAUCCAUGGCACGCAGCCAUCAGCCCAGGGGCGUACGGAUUAGUAAUUAGUAAUACAUUUCACCCGUGGAGAUUAGUAAUCACCACCCUUUGGAUCGCACAGCAAGGCCCUAUGUAUCUCGGCACUGGGAA